GUUCCAUGUCAUUGUUGGAUAUCCAGGAGUGUGAUUUGACUAGUGCAGCUUUUGAUCCAUCAAUAGCACUUAAACAUGGGGCACACGGAACACGCUGGUUAGAGAAAGUGAGCCCUUUUGAUCACUUGGGACAAGUCAAGUCGAUAUUGGAGGAUCCUCUGUGCCCUCUGGUCCGAGAACCAAGAGAAAAAUCAAAGACACUUGAAACUCAGCCACACCAAAAAGCUCGCACUCAAGGUGGUUUUUUCGAAACGAUCAAGGCUACUUUAGGAACUCCUUUACAAGCACUGCAAUUUUCCAAGAAAAAUAUUGUACGAGUACUGUUAAGGGAUACUCACUAUCUGUAUGGUGUAGCCAUUGGUCGCUUACAAGCUAUCGACCGGCACUGGAAUACACUGCUAUUUGACGUCCAGCUCAAGUUGAUCGAUUAUAACAGCGACACAGUUUGGGCAGAGUUCUAUUCAAAAAGUUGUCCAAGCUCACUCACUUACGAUUCUCUGAUUAUUCGAGGUGAAAAUGUUGUAUCUGUCUGUUACCAGUGUAGAUCUAACUGAAAAGUAAAACUAAUGUAUAACUCUUGGUUUAUUCUGAUGGGAAACUUGGGUAAAUCCGCAAUAUAUUAUUGAGACUUUGAUUGCAAACUUGCUUGAUGUAUCUUUUGGAAAGUCAGAACAAGGUUGUCUUUGUUCAAACUACGAGUUAUUUCUCCUAUAUUA